UACUUUUAUCGAGCCUGCCUAACACAAUUUCAGUUUUCAAAAACUCCAGUACCAAGAAAUACCCACCCCCACCCCAUCAUCUAGAUCAGUAGAACAAGGAAAUAAGAAGGCAGUAGCCAUGGUUUUAGCCGCCCAAAGUGAGCUGCCAUUAAACGAGAACGACUCACAAGACAUGGUUAUAUUCCAUGUCCUAAACGAGGCCAUGACGCUCAAUGGUUCCUUUGUACCCCGGCAGCACCAAAUCAAUACGUCAAGCAGCAGCAGCAGUAGCCUAGAACCGGUCCGGAACAUUGCCAAGAAACACUACAGGGGCGUGAGGCGUCGGCCGUGGGGGAAGUACGCGGCCGAGAUUCGUGACUCGUCACGACAUGGUGCCCGUAUAUGGCUAGGAACGUUCACCACCGCUGAAGAGGCUGCCUUGGCUUAUGAUAGGGCGGCUUUUAGGAUGCGUGGCGCCAAGGCCCUUCUGAACUUUCCUGCCAAAGUGGUGGAUGCAUCUACCACCUUGCAAAUAUUUCAUCCGAAUUCCAGCAUGAUGAGCUCAAACAAUAAGCAAGAUUCAGAUUCAAGUAUUGGUAGCUCUGGUUCACAUUCCGUUGGGACCUCAAGAUCAGAAUCGGAAAGUAGCUGUAGCACAGCUCAUCCAGUCUUUAUUCAAAAAGAAGAUAGCAAACUGUCCAAGUAAUCAGCCCCAAGGUCCUGAAACUCAACAACAUCAAAUUCAUUCCCUAGUAUAUUUUCCGUCCUUCUUGUUUUCUUCAAUGCAGGUUGUUCAAUAAUCAUGUCAAUAU